GCCGUCAGAAGUCAGAACUUGUGGACCGCUUGCCACCGCGCGGGCGCCAGCGGCACCACAUUGCAAUGCAUGUACUACAUCAUUUUUUAUUUUUGCACUAUCUGUGCGGUUGGCCACACACACGCAGAUAAUGACAUAUAAUAACACGUCUUUGACUGUGGUGUAGCCGCUGUAGCCGCCGAUCGACAUGUGCGUCUAUGGCGAGCAGAGCCCCACCACAAUCGCCCGUUGACGCUUUCCCGCCUCUCCUUCUUCCUUGGCCUCAAGGUCCAAUACAAUCUGCAGCUUACGCAUUCCUGCCUUCUUCCUCAUCCUCCAUGUACAUAUGGUCCAAGGCCGCGAUGCCUUAUCGCACCAAACCAAACGGAAGAGAAAGGGAAGACGACUGGACGAGAGAGAGGCCAUGGCCAUGAGACUAAGAGGCAACGCGAGGCUGGUCUGCGCACUGCUGCUGGUGCUGCUCUGCGUGGCCUCGCAGUUCCAAGGAGGGGCGUCCCGAGCCGGAGGUGGAGGCCGUGGUGGAAGGAUAGGGGGCGGAGGCAGCAGCGAUGGAGGAAGCACUGGCGGGGGAGGCACUGCCGUGCCAGGGGCUGGCGGCGGUGGUGGAGGCAGUUACAUGCGAGGGGCUGGCGGUAGUUACGUGCCAACAAGGGGCUACGGCGGCCGGAACACGACUGCGACGGGGUCGGACGGACGCCGCGCCGCGGGCGAGCCGCGUGGCCGCGUCGUCUGGUUCUCCGCUGCUGCCGCGGCGCUGGUGGCCCUGAGCAUACUUACGCAAGCAUGAUCGAUCGCUGGCGACGAGUGAAAUACGGAAUUUGUAAAUUUGUAUAAUUUAGAACGUGGCUGGAUUCAUGUCAGAUGUUUAUUUAUUUAUUAAUACAGGCUUGUAAAUAGUUCACAGAGCCACACCCCCCAGUGGUGGAAAAUCGGAACAUAGUCUUCACGGAGCAGAAUUUCGGGCCUCUGGUUUAUAGGAUUUUUGUAGGAAUUCUAUAGGUUAGAAUUUGCAAAGGAAAAAUUUCUUUGAA